AUGGAACGGACAUUGGUGCUGGUAAAGCCGGACGGGGUGCAACGGGGCAUGGUGGGGGAGAUUAUAUCGAGACUAGAACGACGGGGAAUAAAGCUGGUGGCGCUGAAGAUGAUGCUGGUGGACCAGGCGCUGGCGCACCGGCAUUAUGGCGAACACGAAGGCAAGCCAUUCUUCCAAGGAUUGGUAGACUUUAUUACUUCUUCCCCGCUGGUUGCGAUGAUAUGGGAAGCCGACGACGUGGUUGAGAUUGUUCGCGGCACCAUGGGGCAGACCAACCCCAAGAACGCGGCGCCGGGAACCAUCCGGGGCGAUUUGGGGGUAAACAUCGGGCGGAACCUGGUACACGGCUCGGACAGCCCGGAGUCAGCCCAGCGAGAGGUGGCGUUGUUCUUCAAGGAAGGCGAGAUAUUGGACUACAACAGGAACAACGACCCUUGGAUUACAGAACCCUGA